CAUCAGCAGUUUCUUGAUGUUUGGAAAGUUCUAAGACCCACCCCGUUGGACUGCUUGUAACCAGUGCCUAAGACUACAAAAACAUCUGUGUGGAAGAACCUUUCCUUGAAGGAAGCGUCCAUCUUGAUAUUGUGGAAUCUCCGUGCAAGCCUUGCAAGGCAAGAGAGCAAUUUGUGCUUCCGUUGACGCUCGUGUGUAAUCUCUGCUUCUUAUGCACUCCAGCACCCCUAUCAGUUCCUUGUUCUCCUUCACCAGCCCUGCAGUGAAAAGGCUGCUGGGCUGGAAACAAGGAGAUGAAGAGGAAAAGUGGGCAGAAAAAGCUGUUGACUCCUUGGUGAAGAAGUUAAAGAAGAAAAAAGGUGCCAUGGAAGAACUGGAAAGGGCUCUGAGCUGCCCAGGUCAGCCCAGUAAAUGUGUCACGAUCCCACGUUCCUUGGAUGGGCGGCUGCAGGUGUCUCACCGCAAGGGGCUUCCCCAUGUCAUAUACUGCAGAGUGUGGCGAUGGCCUGAUUUACAGUCUCACCAUGAGUUGAAACCACUGGAAUGUUGUGAGUUCCCAUUCGGCUCAAAACAGAAAGAAGUGUGCAUUAACCCCUACCAUUACCGGCGGGUGGAAACCCCAGUCCUACCUCCUGUACUUGUUCCAAGACACAGUGAGUUUAACCCUCACCUCAGCCUCCUCGCCAAGUUUCGAAACACUUCUCUGCACAGUGAGCCGCUGAUGCCGCACAAUGCCACCUAUCCUGAUUCUUUCCAGCAUCCUCCAUGCACCCCUUUUCCAUCAUCACCCAGCCACAUGUUCUCCCAGUCACCUAACAGCAUCAGCUACCCCAACUCACCGGGAAGCUCUUCUGGACCGGGAAGUCCUUAUCAGCUCACAGUGGAAACUCCACCCCCACCUUACCAUGCAAGAGAACCUCCAGGAACCCACAAUGGGAGGUCAAUGGAUGCAAUAGCUGAAAGUCAACUAGUGCUGUCUUUGCCCAAUGGAGGUAAAUCUGCCGAUGGAGAAGCUGAAAACUUUCGGCCUGUUUGCUAUGAGGAACCCCAACAUUGGUGCUCAGUUGCCUACUACGAACUCAACAACCGGGUAGGGGAGACUUUCCAGGCUUCCUCUCGAAGUAUCCUUAUAGACGGAUUUACAGAUCCCUCAAAUAACAAAAACAGGUUCUGCCUGGGACUGCUCUCAAACGUAAACCGCAACUCUACUAUAGAAAACACCAGGAGACACAUAGGAAAAGGUGUUCAUCUUUACUACGUCGGUGGGGAAGUUUAUGCUGAAUGUGUCAGUGACAGCAGUAUUUUUGUGCAAAGCCGCAACUGUAACUACCAGCAUGGUUUCCACCCAGCUACUGUCUGCAAGAUCCCCAGUGGCUGCAGCCUCAAGAUCUUCAACAACCAGCUCUUCGCCCAGCUGCUUGCCCAGUCCGUCAAUCAUGGUUUUGAAGUGGUGUAUGAGCUGACCAAGAUGUGUACUAUUCGAAUGAGCUUUGUUAAAGGCUGGGGAGCAGAGUAUCAUCGCCAAGAUGUUACAAGUACGCCCUGCUGGAUCGAGAUCCACCUGCACGGACCAUUGCAAUGGCUGGAUAAGGUGCUGACACAGAUGGGCUCACCUCAUAACCCCAUCUCCUCGGUCUCUUAAGAAUCAUCUCUA